AGCUGUUACGCUGCGCGCGGGCGCGAGUUCCGCGAGUUGAGCGCGCGCGAUCACGGUACGGCCGCCCCCCCUUCGUGAGGACCGGCGUGUAUCAUGUGAUUCUCACCGGGAGUACGAGAAGUAUGGGCACAUCUGCGUUACACGGGAACUGAUCUAGUAACAAAAGUCCGGAGUAUCUUGGAUCACUUCAUCAUGGAACAGUCGGACUCGCCGCGGGCGCAAGUUCUGGUCGAGGAGGUCCCGACGGAUGUUGACGCGCAAGCAGCUCAGAUCGCCGUACCGGACGCGGGAGCCGUCGCUUCCGCGACAGAUGGCGACCAGGAUCUCCCCAGAGUGUGCAAACAACCGCCAGAGUCCAUGUUGACUGUGGGCAGCGUUCACGUUGCAGUCGCGUCGGAGGAUUAUGUGGACGCGAGCCACGGCGGGAUAUCCGCUGGAGCGGUCGACGAUGAUGCGAGCAACCGGGUGGAAUCCGUGGAGUCCGAGCCGGCGCAACUGAACGCGGAGGCCUGCAAGCAGCAGGAGAUCCACGACGUGCAGGAUAAGGUACUUUCGAAUCACGAGUCCCAACGCUUGUCCAACGAGGAAGACCAAAGCCUAAAUGUGAUAACCGAGUCUAAAGUGAUAAAAGAAGAGGUGGCGGAUAGUCUAGAAAAUGACUGUAAUAUAAUAGAGGACGCGUGUCAAUCCGAUACCGUAGUUAAGCAGAAGGUAGCGCUAGACGAGUCUAGACUUAGCGAACACUGGGGCCAGACGCGCGACUCGUACGAGUCAGUUGAGGAAACGAACAAGGGGACGACGCACGACGACCACGGCAAUCGGAAUAACUCGAUAGCGACUAGUGCCGUCUUGGCUAAAUUGGAACAAGACGAGACCGAGAUCGUCGUGGAGACUUUGGUGGUCGCGACCGACGCGACAGGGGACAAUUUUAUUGUCGAUCUGAACGAGAAGGACCCGGGUAAGGAGCGCGGCCAGGAAAACGUUGCGCCGCAGGAGAAACAGAUGGCGGAUCCUGACCGCGGGAGCAAUGAGAUCGAGCUGAUCGACUACAGCCAGGAGAGCGACGACACUAUAAUAGAGGUGACGGAAGUCAUAGACGCCCCGCACGCCGAACGAUACAAAGAGCAAAAUAACGCGGGCUACGUGGACGGUGAUAACUGCGGCGUCGAGUCUGUGAAGCUGAUCGACGGGAAGAUUGCGAUCAGCGAAAGUAUAAACGACGAGGAUGCCAAGGUAGAGGCGAGCGGUGGGGAAGCUUUGAUCAGCCCGGGGAAUAAUAAAGAAGAGGACAUCACUAUUAUCAUAGAUGAGAAGAUCAUAAUUAGCGAGGUCGAGUCGGAGAUCGUUACAGAUCUGCCGCAAUACGAGAACGCCGAUGGCGGUAGCGUUAAGGAGACGGCUGGGUGCGAUAAACAGGAUGCGAACGCCUGCAAGGCACCCGCGGCGGACUCGUCGACCAAGAAACGGAGCGUCAUUCAGGACAUAUUUGACGACUGGGGCGUCGAGAAUGCGGACGAGGACGUGCAGUCGACUUCGAAGGUGCACGACUCCGUCGAGAUCGAGUUGAAGAGCCUGCUGGACGAGGCGAGAACGGACCAGACUGUCUCGAGCGAGUCGCCGGUCGUGAGCCCUCGGGAGAAGGUUCCUGCGGCGAACGAAGAAGGCGGCGCGGCGCGCAACGUCGCGGGCACCGAUAAGAAUGCGACGGGGCAGUCGACGGAGCCGACGGAGAAUCAAAAGAAGAACAAAGUAAUCGACAAAGACGCGGUGUCGCUGAGCAAGAGCGACAAGAGUGCUUCCGAGUCGGCCGCGAGCAGAUCCACGCGCGCGACCAACGCGACGCCGCGCGACACCGCAGUUCCUAAGAGCCGUUCUCGACACUUGACCAGCCAGAUAGCGUCGCCGGCGGAAGUGACGGAGGUGUUGAAGGAGCGUUUCCGCGAGAAGCAGAAGAACGUGGACGCGCCGCGUGGCCCGGACAUAUUCUUCGUGAAGAAACUGACGCAAAGAUUAUCCAGCACGCUAGCGGGCAGCCCGGUGAGUCCGUUGCCGAAACUGAUACCGUUGUCGCAGCAAACGGCUUCUUCCAAUUCCUCCGCGACUGCUCAACCGGCGCCGGCUAACAGCGACAAAAAGACUGCGGUGGAGAACGCGACCACAGGUGACGCGGCCAGGGAUGGUAAUUCCGACAACAGGGAACUGUUGGCCAUUUUAGAGGGUGACAUCGAGCCUGACUGGUCAAUGCUGAAGGCUCCAGUUCUCUCGGAAGAGAGUAAAGCACCGUCGAACGUGGAGCACUCCGAGCAGAGCAAUCCGCCGAAGCUCGAUCCGCUGGUUGAACGAGAACUGGCGUUGAAACAGCUCCUGGAGUUGCCCAUAACACCGUCCAAGAAGAUUCCACCGCGGAAAAAGAAAACGUUCCGAGCGGCGCCCAGUAAAGCGUCCAAAGACGCGACCGCGGGCGCCAAGUCCUCGCUCGCUGCACAGCGAAAGGACACUAGUAUGGAUUUAGCGAGUGAGAACGCGCAACCGAAUACAAAGUCAGCCGAGAGCGAGCUGUACGCUCGCGAGAAGAGAGGCCAAAGCGAGGAGCAGAUGGGCGUGCGAGUAGAGGAGUCGAGAUCGGGCAGAAAGCGCAAACCCACUGAAAAGGCGAGGGAGCAUGAACAAAAUACGAUAAAACGGCAGAAAGUGUACAGGGGUAAAGUUUCGAUAAGUAAGAAGCAAACGGAAGAAAAGCCUGUCUCCGAUAAUAGCUUAGCGACUAAGAAUCACGUUGCGGCGAGCGUUGAUGCUGUAAAUAAUGAAAAAACUGUCGCGAAAGAAGUAGUAAGUGAACAGUCCGAGGAUAAAGUAGAUCCAGUCCUGAGUAAAGCCGAAGAUUCUCCCUUGACACGGUCGAAGCCCAGUCUCGCUAAGAAGGGACCGAUUGCCAAGAGGACAAUGGUAGUCAAGCGAUUGCUGCGGCAAAAGAUGCCGAUUGACAAGAAAUCCGUUGGACUGAAAGCCAAACUGACGUCGCCGUCUCCCGCGAAGAAGAUGCCUCCGAGAGCUGUCGCGAAAUCGCCGAAGCGAACGGCCGAGGGCCCGUCCGGUGACGCGAGGCCCAAGAAGAAGAGCAUAAACGAGAUAGACAGAUUGUUGCAGGACGAGGGGGUCGUCAAUUUACUGUACGACGUAGAGCAGCCGGAUAGAAAGCGUUUGGUUCCCAUCACGAAGUCGCGUGCGAAGGUGAUGGACCUGCACAAGGUGCAGCGUGAGCUUAAAAUUAGAAAAAAACUGGUUCGCAAUGCCGUGCUGCGGUUGCGCACGUCUACCGUCGCGAGUGUCACAAAGGUGUCCCCGAGAUCGAAGAGAGGAGCGAUCCACUCGACGGACGCCCAAGCGGACAAAAAGACGGUGGAGCAGGCGUCGACGAAGGCUCCGAACGCCGCUGCCUCGCCCACGGAAUUUAUUCUUCCUGCGAAGAUCCGAAACGCGGCCGAUGCGUCCAUCAUCGUCAGGAGACACUCGUCCAGUUCGUUCUCGAGCGCGUCCGGCAGCCCCAGAGUUAGCAUCGACUCGCCUGAGAAAUCUACGGAAGCCGCCAAGUCGGAGGACGGAACAGUUCAUUCCCUGAGAUCCGCCAAGAAGAGACGGGAUUCGCAAGAGGAGAAGAUCAGUGCGAAGAAGAAGAAGAAAACAGUACAAAAGUCUGAGACCGAUGUUACCGGUACCGGCACCAGCACCGCCGCCGCGACUACCACAGCCGCUAACAAUGCUAUUGCCAAUAAUGCAGAGGAGAAAGCCACUGUCGUUGCGCGUCCCGGUAAGAAGUCGGAGAUCAAGAAAGCCGACAAGAUCGGGAAGCAGCAGGAAAACAUUCCCGCGGUUGAGGACAACGUUUCCAGUAAAGUUACAACCAGAUCGUCGAACGGCGCGGUAACGGGGAAAGUAACGGCGAAGAGCAAAAAGUCUAUGAAGAGCAAAGUGACUUUUGCCAAGGCAAAUGAUCUCAAUAAUACCGACGAUUCUAUGAGGAACGAGGAUGAAUUGUCCGCCUGCCUCGCUGAAGCGGCUAACGCUCUUUCAGUCGUCAAUGCCAGAAACGUUGCGACCACACGAAAGAGCAAAGGUAAAGUGAAUACAAAUGCCGUGAAAACGUUGGACGUAGAUAGUAACAAAACGAAAACUGAGACGCAGAGUCAAUUCAGCAAUAAGGAAAUUAAUGUGCGUCGACACGGUAAUCUCGUACAAUUAAUACUUACCCCAUCCUCUUCGACAAAGAUAAGAAAUGCUCUUACGCUGCAAGUGAUGCAAGAAUUCAGAGAGGCUCUCUCGAUAUUGACCAGAGACGACGAGUGUAGGGUAGUCCUGUUAACGUCUACGGGUACAAGUUUCUGUGAGGGUCUCGAUCUUUCAACAUUAUUGCACACAAAUAAGGAGGAGCGACGAUCUAUUGCUCAGGAGCUGGCAAGCGCCGUCAAGGAGUUCAUAAAAAGUUUGGCUAAUUUCAAGAAACCCAUAGUGGCUGGGGUACAGGGUGCUGCGGUUGGGCUCGGAGUGACAAUGUUGCCUCUUUUUGACCUUGUAAUCGCUAGUGAUAAGGCGACAUUCUGUACACCUUACGGGAAAUUGGGACAAAUUGCCGAAGGUGCUGCGGUCUUCACUUUGUCACACAUACUAGGCAGUGCAAUUACGAGCGAACUUCUUUUGGGUGGAAGGACUUUAACAGCAAGCGAGGCUUUAAGAGCCGGUCUCGUUACUCGAGUUUUAUGGCCUGACCGAUUUCAAGUAGAAUUAUUACCAUCAUUGCGGGCUAUGAGUGAUCAAUCGUCACAGUCCAUGGAAGCAACAAAGACUUUGCUACGUCACAGUUUACGGAAAAAAUUAGACGCCGCACUGGAAUCAGAAACAUACUUAUUGAUUCAGCAUUGGUGCACCACAGAGUGCCAGACUGCUAUAAAAGCUUACAUUGAUGGAAAAAUUCAAUAAGCGACGUGCAUAUACUACUGUUUAAUUGUGGUCCUGUUUGUAUUAAACAUCAGAAGUGAUUUGUGUAUAUCGAUGAAGAUGAUUAAAAAGUCAACAUGGCACAUAAAAUCGGUAAUGUCAAUGAAGUUUCGAUGUGACAGUCUACGUCAACACACGCUAUAAAAUAUGAUUUAGGAUAAGAUAUAAAUAUUGAAAAUCACUCAAAAAGAUGGACUAUUUUACUAUUAGAUCAUUUAUUAUACAUAAACAUAUACGUAUAUGUGUAUGUAACUGUACGUAUAUGUGUAUAUACAUGUUAC